GAACGCGCGCGGCUGUGGCUCAGUUUCCGGCCGGAGGCUCUCACCCAGCGCCCCGCGUCCCUGGGGGGCGGCGGCGGCUGAGGCUGCGGAGGCAGCUGGGGGGUCCAGAAGUCAACACCAUGUCUAGUCUGCACAAGAGCCGGAUUGCAGAUUUUCAGGAUGUCCUGAAGGAGCCUUCAAUUGCAUUGGAAAAGCUGCGUGAACUCAGUUUUAGUGGCAUCCCCUGUGAGGGCGGACUGCGGUGCCUCUGCUGGAAGAUCUUGUUGAACUACCUCCCCCUGGAGAGAGCCGCAUGGACUUCCAUCCUGGCCAAGCAGAGGGAGCUAUAUUCUCAGUUCCUGAGGGAAAUGAUCAUACAGCCUGGCAUUGCCAAGGCCAACAUGGGUGUAUCCAGGGAGGAUGUGACCUUUGAGGACCAUCCCCUCAACCCCAGCCCCGACAGCCGGUGGAACACAUACUUCAAGGACAAUGAGGUACUGCUGCAGAUCGACAAAGAUGUCCGGAGGUUGUGCCCAGACAUAUCCUUCUUCCAGAGGGCCACUGAAUACCCCUGUCUCCUCAUCCUGGACCCUCAAAAUGAGUUUGAGACCCUUCGUAAGCGGGUGGAACAGACAACACUGAAAUCCCAGACAGUGGCCCGGAACCGGAGCGGGGUCACAAAUAUGAGCUCCCCCCACAAGAACUCUGUGCCGCCAUCCCUGGAUGAGUACGAGGUGCUGCCCAAUGGCUGUGAGGCCCACUGGGAGGUGGUGGAGCGCAUUCUGUUCAUCUAUGCCAAGCUCAACCCUGGCAUCGCUUACGUGCAGGGCAUGAAUGAGAUUGUGGGGCCCCUCUACUACACCUUUGCCACGGAUCCCAACAGCGAAUGGAAAGAGCAUGCUGAGGCAGACACCUUCUUCUGUUUCACCAACCUCAUGGCCGAGAUCCGGGACAACUUCAUCAAGAGCCUGGAUGAUUCGCAGUGUGGUAUCACCUACAAGAUGGAAAAGGUGUACUCCACCUUGAAGGAUAAAGAUGUGGAACUCUAUCUAAAACUGCAAGAGCAGAAUAUCAAGCCCCAGUUCUUUGCCUUCCGCUGGCUGACGCUGCUGCUGUCCCAGGAGUUCUUGCUGCCUGAUGUCAUCCGUAUCUGGGACUCCCUCUUUGCUGAUGACAACCGCUUUGACUUCCUUCUCCUCGUCUGCUGUGCCAUGCUCAUACUGAUCCGGGAGCAGUUGCUGGAAGGUGACUUCACCAUCAACAUGCGGCUCCUGCAGGAUUACCCCAUCACAGAUGUCUGCCAGAUCCUACAGAAAGCCAAGGAACUCCAAGACUCAAAGUAGCCUGACAGCAAGAGGCCCAGAUUAGGGAGAACAGCCACGUGUCCUCUGUCCUCUGGAUCCUGGGAUGUGCAGCGUCCUGAGGGGAAGCAGCAGGUCUUCUGGCCUGCUCUCACAACCCAGGCUGCUCCCACGUGGGCGCACUGUGCUGUGCUCCUUCCCGGCCACCAAGCCCUGGUACCUUCUUUGCUCUUCAGCUCUGGGACCCUCUGCCCAAGCUGCUGAGCAGGAAUGGAGCUCCUGAACUUGUUUCUCUUUUGGGGACACAGGAUCCUGGCAAGGGACCCUCCCUGCCUCUGCUCUGUUGCUCCCCAUCCUUUCCUGCUUCCAGUUUCCUCCUGGGUGCUGGUUGGGGAGGUGCUUGGCAAAUGGGCCAGAAACCACUUCUGGGGUUGGUGCUUAGGCUUCUCUGAGAGGAAAGUGACACCAGAGGAGCUAAGCAACUGCCAGGCUAGGGCCACCCCUUGUCUCCCACUGAGCGUGUGUGUCUCCUCACAGCCGCCAGUGGUGUAUGUGUCCCAGAAUCCCCCAGGUGUCCUGCCUCUGUGUGCACACGCAUUUGGAGGUGGGGAGGGUGUCUUGGAGCCCCUCCAGGUCUCCCUGCUUCCCCUUCUCUGUUUCUCUCCUCCCUCUGCUUUGUUCCUAGAGGUGUGUGUGAUACUCUGUUCCUCUCCCAUUACUGUUUCUCUGCCCUUUUCCUUGGGGUGCCUUAUCCUGAGCCUCUCCCCACCUCCACUCCAUGAAACCUGGAGACAGAAUGAGGAGUCCGGCUCAGCAAGGCCCCUGAUGGUCAACCUUGGCCUUGGUCAUCCCCCAACCUGAGGCUCCCAGUUCCCCCUGACUGGGAAGGAGUCCACAGUGCCUCGCUGGAGGGAUCUGAUCCUGCUCUCCAGAACAGAAAUCUUAGAAACCAAAAGUAGCUGAGAAAUGGUGGCCCAUGUUUUCUCUUGCCCCUGUUUUCUACCCAGGAAUGGAGGCGGGAGAGGGAGCCCAGGUGUUUGCAAGAAGUUCCCCCAAAGGUCCUCCUGUCUCAAAGGAAAAGGACAUUAAGGUGGCUGUGAACAGGGGUUGGCAUCCAAGUGCUUCAGAAAUGUUGUCAUCCUCUUGACUUCCAGCCAGGUCCCAACCCAGGGGUGUACACAAGUCCCAUAAAGGGCAUUUGGGACCCGAUGAAGCCUCCCUGGGUCCUGGUGUAGCUGGACAUAUAGAUUGGAUCCUGUCAGUGUCAGGGGGCCAUGUCUGCACCUUGGUGUGUCCUCCACACACCAAGGGAGGUGCUGGCCCUCCCCUUCUAGUCACCUGCUUGAGAUGUUCCCAGGACUUGGGGCAGGGGUAUCCUGAGCAGGAGCCACUGACUGCUCCCAGUUCUGCAAGGAGUGGGUUGUGUUCUGACCACAUCCCUUCCCAGCUUUUGAGAAGGGCAGGUGGUCUGGAUCUGGAAGGCUGGGCAGAGCAAGGGUCCUCACCCUCUCCCCAGACUGGCCAGGAGCUGGCCCAAGCAGCCCCCAAAGCUUUGCUGAGUCUGGCAGGCAGGGCCUCCUGCUGCCCUGAGGCCGCUCUGUGGGCCCAGGGUCUCCUCCCCAGGUUUUUGCCUCGGGGGCUGCCAGGGCUGCUGCACUUGCCUCUUUGCCGCCUUCUCUCCCGUCACAGUCCUGGAGAUUCUUUCCUAUUUAUUCUGAUUCCUGGCUAUUUAUUGCAGGUUGGCAAGUGCUUUGGGGUGGGGUGGGGGCUGGGAAGAUAGGAGUCGGAAGCCUAGUCUUUUUGUUUCUCAAGGUCAACAUUGACAUCCUCCUCUGCUUCUGGGUCCUUCUGGAUUUCCAGCAGGUCCUGGCUGGGAUGGCUGUGAACUGGAGCUGAGUGUAGGGAAACCAGAUAGCUGGUGUCCAUGCCAGAUUCAGAAACCCCGGAAAUGGGGCAGAGACGUACUCUUGCCAGCCUGGCCACCCUUCACCCAGAACUUGUCAGCUUUAGUUCCACCCCAGCUUUGCCCCCAUCACAACUUGAGGCUUGGGCCACUGCCUGGGACCCAGCAGACACUGCCCAGGACACCCGAUGCAUUCCCUCCUACUUGUCCCUGGCUUCCUUCCUGGGACCAUACUACUUGAAUCACUGCGUCUGAUUUUCCUCAGUGGGAAAGCUGAGUCCAGUGCCCUCCUUGUCCUUCAGAUGAAGGUCAAGAGCCCAGAGACAUGUCUUGGUUAAGCUGAACUCCCCAGUGGGAUUCUGUCUGAGGAAGGGACCUACCCUUGAUGCCUCCUCUCCAGAUUCUCAAGGGAGACCCAGAGUCAGAGUGCCUGAGGCUUCUACUGGGAAGCUGCCCCAGGACCUUGGUCACUACAGCUUAAGCUGUGAGUGCAGAAGGUCUCAGUCCAGAGGGUCAGAGUGGUAAUCUGGUUUUUUUUUUUUUUUUUUUUUUUCAUGUGUUUUGUUCUUUGAAUCAGUGCUGUUGAUGAUGAGUUGUCUUUAAUAAAUCAUGUGUUCUUUACAGUGGGCAUUGGUGCUUGAUGGGUUGACACCUCUGAGACACUGGAACAAGGGAAAAAGUAGGGGCAGGGAUGGAGUCAUAGUCUCUUAGAGCAGUCUAAGGAAAAGGCCAGGAAGUCCUUGUUGGGAGAGCCUGUUCAGUUCUUCUAAUCCCACUACAGUGAUCUGUAGCUGGGGGAGGGGGGAAUGUGAAUGUAGGAAGACAGUGCCACAUAAUUACAUAGCAAGUUGGAUUUUAAAACACUGGGCACAAUGGCACACACCUGUAAUGCCAGUGACUUGGGAGACUUGAGACAGGAGGAUUGCAAGUUUAAGGCCAGCUUUAGCAAUUUAGCUAGGCCCUGUCUGAAAAUAGCUUGGUGGUCGAAUGUUCCUGGGUUCAGUCCCCAGCACUGCAAAACACAAACGUACACAUGCACACUUAGGUAAUUUCAUUAGAUGCAGAAAAAAUGUAUUACAAAAUUCAAUAUUUUUUUCAUGAUUAAAAACUUGACAGAUGAGGCAUAAUAGGAAUAUACUCAAUUGGAUAAAAGCAAUAUAUGAGAAACCCCCAGCUAACAUCCUACUCAGUGGCAAGAAGUUGAAAACUUCCUCUUAAGACCAGGAACAAGACAAGGAUGCUCAUUCUUGCCACUUGUAUUCAAAUAGAACUGGAAUUCCUAGGCAGAGCAGUUAGGCAAGAGAAAGAAGUCAUCCAGAUAGGAAAGAUUUAAAAUUUUCUUUGGACAAUAUGAUCUUGUAUGUAGAAAAUCCUAAAGACUUCACCAAAACAGUGUGAAAAAAAUAAGAAAAUGCAGUAAAGUUGCAUGAUACAAAGUCAACGCAGUCUGGGGUGUAGCUCAGGGUAAAGCUGCUGCUUAGUACGCACAGGGCCUCAGGUUCAGCCCCCAUCGCAAAAACCAAACAGGUCAGUAGCAUUUUUUAAUUUUCUAUAUUUUUUUGGAACUGGGAGUUGAACCCAAGGAUGCUUUACCACUGACCCACACCCCCUAGUUCUUUUUAUUUUGAGUUAGCCACUCACUAAGUUGCCCAGGCUGGCCUCAAACAUGUGAUCCUCCUGCCUCAGCUUUUCAAGUUGCUGGAUCACAUGUGCACUGCCCUGUCUGGCUAGUCAACAUUUCUAUACAUUAACAAACAAAAAAGAAAAUAGUUGGUAUGCCACAAAAUUUCAAGUACUUCCAGAAUAAAUGUUUUGCUUUAAAGUGCUGGCGAUGGAACCCAGAGACUCUCGAAUGCUAGGCAAGAAGAGCUCUACCACUGGGCUACACCCCAAUCCCAGGAAUAAAUUUAACCAGGGAAAUGAAAAAUCUGUGCAUUGAAUAUUAUAAAACUUUGAAAGAAAUUGAAGAACAUAAAUAAAUGGAAAGAUUUCAAGUUA